AUGAAUAUCUGGUUCAAAUACAAGAAAGGCGAGCCGGUGGAAAUUUCUUUUAAAGGAAAUAACGCUAAUGCACUGAAGAAACAAAUUAAGACCGAACUAAAAAACCAGCUAGGAAAAUUUGAUAUUAAUCAAAUAACAUUACGAAAACCUGGAGAACAUGAGAACUUAAGUGCGGAAAUGUUGAUUGAAGAAGGAUUUGCAACGAGUUACAACGAACCUGUUGUCGUUGAAACCGAAAAUUAUCAGAAAAUGAAGACUUUUCAUAUCCAAUGUUAUGAUAAUGAAGGUGUGCCGUUGGACAAAUUUGAACAAUUUACAAUGCGCGACAAUGAAGAUUUCAGUAAAUUGUUAAAGAGAAUGGAGGCGAGAGGAUUAGAAAACAUUAAAGAUUAUAAUGAAGUGUCCAAAAUUAUCACGUCACUUGAGGAUAUUCAAGUUAACGAAUUUUACCGGAUCAGUGCUUCGUAUCUUACGGCAGUAAAAAAUGGUGUUAUGCGGACACAAGUCGAGGACACGGCAUUAGAAGAUGAAACGAGAUUGGCUGUGGAAAAUAUCGUUAACAAAAUACUCAAGUCCCCUAUCACAGACUUUCCUAACCGAGUUGUGUAUGGCAAAACUGGAAAGCCGAUCAUGGAAUGGGAUGGUAUCUUCUUAUGUUGUAACAAAGUGUUUCUAUGUGAAUCGAAACACAAGAUGACUGAAGAAAAGAUUACCGCGCUUGUUAAAAGAUUAAAAGAAUUUCCAAAUAAACUGGAGGAAACGAAAGACUCCGAAUUCAAGAAAUUAUUGGGUAUGGAACAUAUUGGAGUCGCUUGUGCCACACAUUUUACGAGAGAACUAAGACAAAAAUGUGUGAAUGAACUUGGAUUAGUCGUUGUAUAUCCAGGAGAUGGCCGUUAUUGUGUAGAAGUACCCUCCAAAAUAUAUGGAUGUUAUAAAUGGUGUAAUUAUUUGUAG